AUCCUAACCAGUAUAAAAGCACAUGUACGGUCCGUGAAUCAGAUGCAAAAUUACUUCCUUCAUCCGCAGUACUCGAUUGCAAGUAUGAAUGCUCUGCUCCUGUUGCCUCUUGUCCUGUCUAUGAGUUGCCAUCGGGUUAACUCUCAGUGCUCACUCACAAGAUAUGUGUCAUACGUGGAGAAUGAAGAGUGCAGCUACUGCGUGGCCAUUAACACCACCAUCUGUGCCGGCUUCUGCAUGUCCCGGGAUGUCAACACAAAAUCCCUACUACCGAAGAUUGCUUUGAUCCAGAGGGUCUGCACAUACCAAGAUGUCAAGUACAUUUCCAUCAAGCUCCCUGGAUGUCCCCCAGGUGUUGACCCCUUUUACAGGUUCCCAGUCAUUCUAAGCUGCACGUGUAGCCAGUGUGCAACUGAUACCACAGACUGCACCAAUGGAAUUGAAGCUUCCUUCACCUGCAUGAAACCACAGUGGAGCAUCCCCACUUCACGUUCUCGCACCCUGUCUCUAUCAGGCAAUGUAUAG